AUGCUCGCAGCUAGAUUAGCCAACGGAGCUUCCAAGGCGGGCACGGACAAUGCUUUCGGGGAUGAGCAGCUGGACGUUGAUCUCGCCGCUGAUGAGAUCAUAUUUCAAGAGUUCAUGAGCUGUGGCGCCGUCGCCGUCGCCGCCUCCGAAGAGAAGCCGGUGGAGGCGCCCAUGGGAGGCUCUUCGGAACGGCUCUAUUCGGUGGGGUUCGAUCCAUUGGACGGCUCCUCGAUCAUCGAUGCCAAUUUCGCCGUGGGUUCGAUCUUCGGAGUCUGGCCGGGGGACAAGCUGCUCGGUAGAACCGGCAGGCAACAGGUGGCUUCGUGCAUGAGCCAGUACGGUCCGAGGACGACAAUGGCUGUCGCGCUUUCCGCUGUCACCACGGGGGGGGACGCCGUCGCCUUUGAGCUAACCUUCCAAUCCGAUGUUCAGCGGUGGGUGGUCACACGCGAGAAGUUCGACAUCGCACCAGCAGGAAAGGUCUUCGCGCCUGGCAACUUGCGGGCGACGGCGGACCAGCCGGCUUACAAGCGGCUUUUCGAUCACUGGGUCGACAACAGGUACACGUUGAGAUAUACCGGGGGCAUGGUGCCAGACGUGUACCACAUCCUGAUCAAGAACAAAGGGGUGUUCAGCAACGUCUCCAGCGCAGCAGCUAAGGCGAAGCUUCGGCUGCUGUACGAGUGCGCUCCGAUCGCCCUUCUCAUCGAGGCCGCCGGAGGAGCCAGCGUUAUGGCCCCUUCCCCGGGGGCAGCAUCGGGAGGGACUCCGCUGUCGGUGCUGGAUGUGGAGAUCGACAACCUGGACAAGCGGCUAGGGCUCUGCUUAGGGGGGAAAGAAGAAGUGGACGUGUUUAAUCGCUUUAUGUUCGGCUAG